AUGCAAGCUCAUUCAAAUUAUCGUAUUUAUCCGGAAAAUAUUCGCUCAGGAAAUGCAUGUCAACAAAAUGUACCACCUGGCACAGUUGCUGAAAGAGACAUUGUUCAUCCAGCUUAUACGGAAUUUCUUAUUGUUCCUCACAAAUCAGUCAUAGUACUACGUGCAACCGUACUCGUAGAUGAUGAGCCUCGUUUGUCCAUGGAUGAAUUAGUGGGUAUAACUAAUGCUCUUUGUUAUGCUCAUGGUAUUGUUACAUCUCCAAUCUCAGUACCUGCACAUCUUUAUUCAGCAUCAGAUCUGGCUAAAAGAGGACGUAACAAUUUUAAGACUGAACAAAAUCUUGGAUUAGAUGAUACAAGUUCAACAUCUAGCUGCAGUGAAGCAAAAGGACGAUUUGUUAAUGAUGGCUCUGAUGAUUAUUUUCCAAAAUUAAGUACUGAACUGGCGAAUAAGCUCAAAUAUAAAUUCUGGGCAUAA